AUGCAGGCGGCUGAGCCUGCGCAGUUCCGGAGGGCGAGCUUGGAAGCACUGAGCUGCAAAUCCGUACGGAGGGUCUUCUACGGGAUGUUCCGGCAGCCACCUUAUUCCCGCCCGACUGGGAAAACGAAGGCUGACAUCCAGGAAUACCUUCUGCGUGAGUACGCUUCCCUUGGCCGGCCAUGUGCUGGGAAGACCGUGGCAGAGGUCCUUGACCAGACGGAAGUUCUCCUGUCCGCGUCAUUGGAGUUUUCCGUUCAUGAAACGGAGGAAGGCAAGCAGUACAUCACUUGCGACAACCAGAGCAGCUGGUUGCCCGCAGGCAAGAACAAGUUUCAGACAACCGUCUUCAGGGACUCCCAGAAGAUUCCGUACAUCACCAAUGGCACCGAAUCCUUCUACUGUGUCAAGUUUUUCAGUGCCCCUGAUCCUAGCACCGCACUUGUUCCUGCAGGCACCAACCCCAUCCCCUUGCCACACGCUCCACCCCCUCCAGCGGCCCGAACCAUGUUUGUGGAUGCCCCGACAGCGACAUUGCCAGGAAUGGCGCCGGCCACGACCAGCGUUCCUCCCCCACCGCGGGGACCAGCCCCAAUCGCCGAGCCAACGCCCAACGAUAAGGUAGAGGUUGCUCCACCUGAGUCUUCCGGCUCUGACAGCGACAGCGAGGGCGAGGUGGCUGGCUAUGUCCUGAAGCAGAUCGCCGGAACUCCGAACUUUCAAGUCGUGAACAAGGGGUCGGGUGAGGUUGCGCCGCUGCAGGAGGGCAUUCAGGAUUGGACAUUGGAGGUGUGCAAGAAGGGGAAGCACAAGGACGAGGUGUUCGCGGGCAGUCCAUCAACCCCCAAGGCAACGUGCUGGCUGAGCAAGCUGACUUGGGCACGUCCGCAGGCCCCACCGGCGCAGGUAUUGCAGGAUGGUAAUCCCUCCAUGGAAGAAUGGAGGAAGUCUAUGCAGGCACAGGUGGCUCGUGAAACAGCCGAAGCCCUGGAAAAGUUCCGUCGGGAACAGACGGCACAGAUCCAGCAGGAGAUGGUUGAGCGCGAAAAGCAGGCCGCUGCUUCCAAGAUCGAGCCAGGCAACAAGACUGAGGCCGAGAGGCUUCGCGUCGAGCAGAACAAGAAGGAUGAGAUGGAGAGGCUUCGGAAGGAAGCCGCUGAGAAGCUCGAGCACGACAAGAAGGACGAGAUGGAGAGGCUUCGGAAGGAAGCCGCUGAGAAGCUCGAGCACGACAAGAAGGACGAGACCGAGAGGCUUCGGAAGUAA